AUGGAUGCCCUCCGUAACGCCUUGCAACCCAUAACCCACGCCCUCCCGGCGCCCAUCCACGAGCUCGGCACCUCAAUAAUCGGCGACGUCUGCUACAAAACCCUCAUUCUCGAUAUCAACUUAGAAUCAACCGAAUGCCUCAAACUCGCCAUCUCUAAAGGUCUCGGUCUCGGCAUAAUCGCCGCUUCGUCCAUCGUCAAAAUCCCGCAGAUCCUCAAACUCCUCUCCUCCAAAUCCAGCUCCGGAAUCUCCUUCCUCUCCUACUUCCUCGAGACCUCUGCCUACCUCAUCUCCCUCGCCUACAACUACCGCCAAGGCUUCCCCUUUAGCACAUAUGGCGAGACGGCGCUGAUCGCGGUGCAGAAUGUCGUUAUUGCGGUCCUGGUCCUGAAUUAUAGUGGCAAGAGUGCUGGGGCUGCGGUGUUUGUUGCGGGGCUGGCGGCGAGUGGUGCUGCGCUUUUUGCGCCGAAUAUCUUGGAUAUGCAGACGCUUAGUUACUUCCAGGCGGGUGCGGGCGUGUUGGGAGUUGCGAGUAAGCUGCCACAAAUCGCGGCGGUUUGGCAGGAGGGUGGGACAGGGCAGUUGAGUGCUUUCGCUGUCUUCAACUACCUCAUUGGUUCCCUGUCUCGAAUCUUCACCACGCUCCAAGAAGUCGACGACAAGCUCAUCCUCUACGGCUUCGUUGCGGGCUUUGCCCUGAAUGCGAUAUUGGCGGCGCAGAUGGUUUAUUACUGGAAUGCACCCGCGAAGAAAUCUGAGAAGGCAAAGGGGAAGAUGCCUGUUAAGGCUGGAGCUGGAGCUGGAUCUAGCACUGCUACGCCUAAGGCUAAGAGUCCUACGACGCGGAGACGGGGUUGA